GAGGUGCAGGAGGACCCGCUGGGACCCCCCCCCCCACGCCAUGGCCUCGGCCGAGCUGGCCCAGAAGCUCCAGCGGCGAUUGCUGCGGGACGGGAGUUGCUCGGAGCCCACUCCCGACAAGGAGGAAAGCGAAGAGGGGGUCAAUCUGGGAGGCGCAGCGGCGGAGGCGGCGGCGGGCUCUCAGACCAGCCCUGGAGACACGGACGAAGACCGGAGCGUGCUCAGCGCCGCGGCCGACCCGGAGCUGAGCGCCAAGUUGAGCCGCCGGCAAGACAUCAAUGCGGGCGCGGCUCGGCCCCGCUUCGCCCAAAUCUUCAAUCCCUACACCGAGUUUAAGGAGUUCACCCGCCGGCAGAUCAAGGACAUGGAGCGCCUGUUUCGACUGUAUGACUCAGGGAAGGAUGGUUACAUUGACCUUAUGGAGUUGAAGCUGAUGAUGGAGAAGCUUGGUGCCCCUCAAACUCAUUUGGGCUUGAAGAACAUGAUCAAGGAAGUAGAUGAAGAUUUUGAUGGCAAACUCAGUUUCCGUGAGUUCCUGCUCAUUUUUCACAAAGCUGCAGCUGGAGAGCUUGAAGAGGACAGUGGUUUGAUGGCUUUGGCUAAACUCUCAGAGAUUGAUGUUGCCCUCGAGGGGGUAAAAGGAGCCAAGAACUUCUUUGAAGCAAAGGUUCAAGCAUUGUCUUCAGCCAGUAAGUUUGAAGCAGAGAUCAAAGCAGAACAGGAUGAACGAAAACGUGAGGAAGAGGAGAGGAAGCACCGCAGAGCAGCUUUCCGAGAGCUCAAAUCAGCAUUCAGUCAAUAACUGAGGCAACUCAUCUGCCACCUAAGACUGGUGUACAUUCUUACAAGCUGUGCUGUAGAUUGGACACGCACCUCAAGAGGAACCGUAAUAGAUUUGAAGCUCUUUUUUAAAAAAAUGAGCAGACAGCUGAACUGGUUGCAGAUAUGCCACAUACAUUAACAUUUGCAUCAUGCCAAAAAUGGUUCAGGUGACCCUUCACUGUAAUGGACAUGGCAUAGAAGAAUUAAAAUAUUCUAAUGCUGAAGUCUGAGGCAGAAGAUUGGAGUGCCUAAUAAGUAAUGUUUGAACUGAUCCAAGUACAUCUUGGUCAGAAAACAGGUAGAAAGUCACAGCUUACUCUUUCUUUUUAUUCUGAAUGUCCCUGCCUCAUAGUUAUAUAACUUUAUGUUUCCUUUCUGUAUAUCUUGUAGCUCCUCCUUAAUUUCCCCAAAUCAUUUAUUGCUUUCAGGGGAGCAGGCGCUUCUUUUAGAUAUAAACUGUAUUUCUUUUGUGUGCAGACAAUUGUUCCAGACCCUCGCACAUGCUAAUUUCUCUUAUGUGCUCCCUGUCCUAGCAAGCAGGCUUCUGGGGCAGUCCCAUUAGUGGGGGUAGAGGGGAAGUGCCUUUUUAUGUAAUUCAACUUUGAAACAAUGCCAUUCAAGGGUAUGAGCAGCUGCCACCACCCUUUCACAUGUGCGCAUAAAUGGCUCUGCUCUAAGCAAAAAAAAGAUCUUAUUAAUAGAUUUUUCUGAUUCUGCCUCUCUGGUCACAUUCCAUUGCAUCUUUGGUGUUGGGUCCAUAGCCUCUUUUUUCAGUUUGGAGGGAGUAACAAAUCUGACAGUUAAGUGGUUAAGAGAGUUUGAUGGCAUAUCAGUUGACCACCUCUGGAAAUCUUCUACCCUCUUGUGGUCAUGUGUGGGAAUGCAACUACUUCUUUAGAGUUUUUACUUAAUUGAAAUUAGCAGUUCUGUUUGGCAGUGUUUCUGCUUUGAAAGGGAAAUAGAGUUUAGGUUCCAAAACAAGAAAGUGACAUGUCAGUACUGUCCAACCAACUUGUACUAUAUUCAGAACAGACACAUGUAUAUAUGUCUGCAUAUAUACAGGGGUGUGUGUGUCAAGUUCUUUGUCAAGUUUAUUCUCAUUCCAUGUAACAGAUACUACAUUCUUGUUCUUAUUUUCACUUGAGGUUUUAGCUUUUUACACUGUGACACUAAGCUGUGAGUGUGGAAUAGCAAAGGGAGUCCAUCUUAUAUUAAACAAUAAGCGGGAGAUCUGCUGAACAAUUAAAACUUUACUUGCAAGUCCACAGAUUAUAUUUGAUAAAAAUCACACUUUUUAGAUAAAAAUAU